AUGGCCUCGGACUGUACCAACAAGGCCUGUCGCCUGUGCCGCCUCUCGCACACUGCUUGCGAUGGACGUUGCGUGGCGCUCGGUAAGCCCGAAUUGUGCCAAGAUGUCGAGCCCAAGAAGCGCGGCCGACCCCCGAAGCACUUCCCUGCCUCCACCGAGGGCGGCUGGAGGAUGUCCAAGAAGCAGAAGACCGAAGUGCCGCCUCUGCCGUCAACGACUGCUGUGUCGAACCCGCCCUCGCCGGACUCAUCGCCCACACACUCUCCGCGCAGCUCCUGCGCCGACCUGGGCAUACAUACGACUAAGCAGCGCGAGGGCGAUGCGCUGCUGAAGGCGCUGCU